UAUUUUUUCAUUCAUUUUUAAUAUAUAUAUUUUUUUUUAAUGAACUUAAAUUUUUCUUGAAAAAAUAACAAAAAAAUAACAAAGAAUGCAAUUUUUUUAUUACUGCAGAAGAUAACGUUAAUAAUUUGCUACAUGAAUCGUUACACUUGGUUAACCAAGACAAUCGAGAUCAACGAUUACUUGCAACACACGUCAAAGGUAGUCUCAGUUGUUGGUCAGACCUGUUUCUUUCUUCUAAACAUCUUUUCAUCUAUCACCUCAUUACAUUUCAUUAAUCUUCAGAUUAACAAGAAAAAUUCAUAUCGUUCUAACAACAACGUUUGAAUAGCGUAUCCUAUUAAUUAAUAAUUUCAUUUCAUUCAAGAGAGUAAUUUUAAAAUAGAAAAACAGCUCAUAAAGAAUAAAAACGCAAAAGCGAUUAAGUACCGAUAUGCUUCGGUUAAUACUUGCCAUAUUCUGUCGUCGAAAAAGUUUAAAGCGCGAUGCUCGGAAUUUCACAAUAUUUGAAAAUACUAUUAAUUUUAUGUAUUGGUUGUACAAUUUUUUGUGUUAUUUUUGUUAAUUUUCCAAGUUUGCUAAACAAAAAAGUUUAUAAAGAUGUAUUUAUAAAACAAAUAGAACAUCGAAAGCAAACGAAAGAAAGUUUAGUGAUUUUAUCAAGAAAAAGAAAUUUUACAAAAGAACAGACUGAUAAAACAUCUUUACUUGGAAGAUGGCUCUUGUCUUCUGAAGGUAGUUUACCGCCAACAGUUAUAAAUAAAAAAAAGGAACCAUAUUUGAUUUUAAUUUGGAAACAUGGAAAGUUUUUGGAACGCAGGCAUAUCAAACGUUUUACAAAUAAAAAAUUUUCACCUUGGAAUAAUUGUACAGUUAAUCGAUGUGUAUUGAGCUAUCGAUCGAAAGAUUUAGAUAUAGCAGACGCAGUUGUGUUUCAUUUACAUUUGACAAGGAACGCGUUGGAAUUACCAACUAGAACUCGAUGGAACCAAAGAUGGAUUUUUUUAACUGAUGAAUCACCAAUGCAUACUUUUCUUUAUGGAAAUCAACAAUUAUUCAAAUAUAAUGGUUUAUUUAACUGGUCAAUGACUUAUCGAAUGAAUAGCGAUGUACCAGUACCUUACGGUAGAACGAUUUCUACAUCAUUUAUACACUCACCAGAAAUAAAUUUUUCAAAGGAUGUGAUAAAAAAAUUAAAAACUAAACUAGUCACUGUGAUGGGUAGUAAUUGUGCAGGCACGAAUGGACGAUGGAAAUAUAUUAAAGAAUUAAAAUUAAUUUUCAGUAAUGAUCUUGACAUAUAUGGAAAAUGUUUAAACGGAUUGAAACUUCAAAAUUUCAUUACGUUGCUACGGUUAAAACAACAAUUUUUAGUGAAACAUCAUACUAUCUUUUACACUAUAUUGCGUCGUAAAACAUAUUAUAGUAAUCUUUCUGUAAUUAUGGCAUCGAAGUGUUUUAAAGGGAAUAAUGAUCACUAUAAUGGCAUAACUAUCGACUCAAAUGAAGAAUCUUGCACGUCUCAAGUAUUUGCUCAUCGUCUUACAGCAUCUUUACAAGAGUGGAUACAAAAUAAAAAACGCACAAUAUGGUUUCGCGUAUAUUUAUCACAUUCAGAAUGGAUACCAAUACUUGUGAAAGAAGGAUUUAAAUUUCAUCAUGCAAAACAAGAAUAUGUCAUGCUUUACCGAUGGUUAGUUAAUGAAGAAUGUAAUAUUCCACAUUAUGCACAUACAAAUUUAGGAGUUGGUGGGUUUGUUUAUAAUGAAGAAACUCAAGAAGUUUUAGUUCUUAAAGAAAAAUAUGUAAACAAAAAAGCUAUGUGGAAAUUACCAGGUGGUCAUGUUAAUCCAGGAGAAAAUUUAGAAGAAGCUGUGAAAAGAGAAAUUCUAGAAGAAACUGGUAUACAAACUAUUUUCAAGUGUAUAAUAAGCUUUAGACAUAUUCAUGAUUAUUCAUUUAAUUGUUCUGAUAUAUAUAUGGUUGCUUAUUUAACUCCUCUUAAUUUCAAUAUUAAAAAAUGUGAAAAAGAAAUUUCUGAAUGCAGAUGGAUGAAGGUGAAUGAUUUUUUAAAACAUUCAGAUGUACAUGAAAAUAAUAAAUUGAUUGCAAAAAAAAUGUUAGAAUUUUUUAAACAUAAAAUAGGAAUUAUUGCUGAAUACAAUAGACACCCUAUAACAAACAAACCUAUUUGUAUAUAUAGUAUAUCUAAGAUUAAUAAUAUAUAGCAGUAUGUA